CUUAAUGAUGACGCGCGGUUGGCUGCAGCGCCCGCUGCUUCUCCUGCUCGCUGCUUGUGCGGGGAGCGGAAACCAAAUCGAGGAAGUUGUGCGAGGGAGGGUGAGGUGCCGCUGUCGGUGCCAGUGACAGAUAAACACAGCGGGACGCUGAGUCUGAACCGGAAAAAGAGACAGUCAAAUCGAACCGAAGGGACCAGGGGUGCCCACGAAUUAGGAUGGCAGACGCAGCUAAAUCCAAGCGUCGGGAGCAGCUGAAACGCUGGGCCGGUUCUAUGACAGACAGGGAACCGGCGGUGCCCAGGCAAAGGUGGCGAGGCGAUGCGUGGGAGGCGGGCGAGCCAAAGGCCCGACAACCCACCGAGACUGAACCAGUGUGCCAGCUGGGACUGGGCGGAAGGACCGGAACCGAGGGCGAUAGAGCAGACAGCACCGUCGGGCGAAGGCGACGGGUGCGGUUUGAAAGAACAGCUGAGUUUCUCGCGGCCUGUGCCAGUGGGGACACGGAGGAGGCCAUUGAGAUGCUGCGAGACAUCGGGGAGAAGAAAGACGACCCUGAGGAAGGUUCUGGGGGCAUCGUGAACAGUACCAACGCCGACGGGAUCACCGCACUGCACCAGGCCUGUAUAGAUGGGAGCAUGGAGAUGGUGGUCUUUCUCCUGGAACACAGCGCCAGCGUCAAUCAGGCUGACAAUGAAGGCUGGACGCCACUCCAUGUCGCUGCAUCCUGUGGGAAUCUGGAGAUCACAGAUUUCUUGUUGCAGAAUGGUGCCGAUGUGUGUAAGGUGAACUGUGAUGGUGAUGUCCCUCUGGAUAUUGCCGAAAACGAGGACACGGAGGCCUUGCUACGUGAACACACCCUACAGCGGGGUAUCGAUGUAGCUACAGUGAAGAGGGAGGAGGAAGAGCACCUCAUGAGAGAUGCAAGGACAUGGCUUUCUGAGGGAUUGCCCUCUGACCUCCGACACCCCAAAACAGGAGCCACGCCCCUGCAUGUAGCAGCUGCCAAAGGAUACAUUGAGGUCAUCAAGCUCUUGUGUCACUGUGGGAUAGAUGUGUCCCUGACAGACACCGAUGGCUGGACGGCCUUCCAUGCGGCAGCACACUGGGGACAGGGAGAAGCCUGUAGGAUCCUGGCCGAGCAUCUCUGCAACAUGGAGGCCCGCAGCAAUGCGGGUCAGACUCCAUUUGAUAUAGCUGAUGAAAGCAUGAAAACCCUGCUGGAGGAGCUCUCGCAGAAACAGGCCCAUUGGCGCAAUGAACAGUCUGUGAACGAGCGACAAAACGUGGUGGAACCUGCCGCUGCCAACACAUCCAGCAAAAACCGAAGGAGCUCCGUGUGCCGAAUGAGCAGCAGAGAGAAGAUGAACGUGCAAGACCAGUCAAAGGAAAAGGGGGUCCCUGGGGGGCUGGAGCUGAGGGAGGACGAAAGAGAGAGCAGCCCUGAAAACUCCACCUUGUCAAGCCCAGAAAGUGAAAAAACGGUCCCACCUACUGUUACUGUCUCCAAGACGUGUGAAGAAGAGAAUGAGAGGAAGGAGAAAGAAAGGGAGAACAGGACAGCACGAGUCCAGCCCACCCUUCAGAGAACUGCAUCUUCUACCUCUGAAAGCUCCAGCACUGGCAACACUGACAAGCGCAAAUUUCAGACCUCUAUGAGAGACGAGGAGUCAGAGUCACAGAGGAAAGCACGGUCCAGACUCCUGCGGCAGUCAAGACGCUCCACUCAGGGUGUGACGCUCACAGACUUGAAGGAGGCAGAGAAGACCAUUGGCAAAAGUUCAGACAUCCCACGCAGUAUUCAGGCAGUCAGCCCUGUUGUGACCGUGACUCCUGCCGAACGAGACAUUGAACCUGCUAAGAACAGCCCCGAGGAUGGGGAGAAGUUUUCACGGCUAGGAGUGAAGGAGCGGCGGAAAGGGAGGAAGGAAAGACGCUUCACUGGGGUGCUUCAGGCUCACUCUGGAGAGAUGGAAGACACUGAUCAGAUGGAUGAUUCUCUCACAGACUCCUCCAGCUCACACAGUGAGCCUCAACCAGAAGAUUACACAAACAUAUCCACUUCACCUGACUACAAAGUGCUGUUCCAUAAGGUGUUAAAGGAUAACGAGCUGCUCAGGGAGAAGCUGCAGGAGACAGAACUGCAGCUCAAUCAGAACAAAGUGGACCUGGAGAGACUGAGGCAGAAUCAGGAGCAGAGUUCAGACAGGCCAGCCUUGUUGGAGCUGGAGAGAUAUGAAAAAAAAGCAUUGGAGAUAAAGGCAAUGGAAUUGGAAGAUGAACUGAAGAUUCUGACUGACCUCAGAGCUGACAAUCAGCGGUUAAAAGAUGAAAAUGCCGCCCUCAUCCGUGUCAUCAGCAAGCUUUCCAAAUGAUUCAUAAGUACGUGCUUAGAUUGAAAACAAACAGGCUCGCCCAUUCCUCAGACCACGGGUAAAGGUAAAUAGUGGCAUUGACAGCGCAGGUUAAAAUUGGUUGGUUGCUUAAGUUAACAUGAGUGUGUGUGUCUGAGUGUGUGUUGUUUUUUGUUUCUUGAACAACCAGUUUUGUUCUCUUACUGAAAAAGAUAAAACUAAUGUACUUGAAUUUAUCACAACUGCACUUAGGUAUUCUUGGUUAAAUGGACUGAAAAGAUAUGACUGCAUAUACUGUUUCUGCUGGUUUGUAACUUACAGGAAAUAGUAUCAAAGUUGUUGUUUUAUGACUUUUUUUUAUGAUGUUCCUUAUUUCAGAAAGCCAGCAUGAAAUUGCCAAUGUACAACAUUGUUAAGUAGUAUAGUUAACAUAUUAUUAUUAUUAUUAUUAUUAUUAUAAAAACUAUUUGAAUUCAACGCAAAAUAUUUCACCGCAUAAGGAGCAAAGCAAAAUGUGACAAUAAUCCUACUUUAAAUAGCGAAAUGUUUGUUAGAAACGGUAUAAAUUAAUAGGAAUGUGAUUCUUUAAGUUGCUGUGUGUAAGAGCUUAUUCGUGGGCUCUUUUUUUUUUAACUGUACGUUUUUCUGAAAUGUUUGUGUUGGAUCAGAAAUUGCAGUUAUGCAGAGUAUCUCAAGAGCUUUUGCAGCCAAACACUUUCACUUCUUUCUUUUUUCUUCUCUAUUGCACAGAGUGGCCAUUACUACAGUUUACUGUGGUCUAAAAAUGUCAGGACUUUCAUACUGUGAAACUAAAACAAUAGGCAAAGGAGACACACUGUUUACUAAAGCUUCUUAGUGUAUGCCAUAAAUAUUUUAAUGUGCCUUAUACCUUUAAAGAUACUGUAAAUGCAUUCUGCUGAAGUAUUUUGGUUAUGUAGUUGGUUAUAUCUUUGGGAUUUGUCAUUGAAAGGGAGAUUAUUUUGUAUGUAGGAAUUGAUAAAUGACCUACACGUCCCAACAGAGACUGGUGUUUUUGUACUGUCUUCUUUGUAAGUCAUAUAUUAAGAAAAACCUGUGGAUUUUACAAUGCUACAUGUGUGAGUGCUUUAGGGUCCGGAGGAGGCCUGCUUAACCGCAACUCCACCGGACUGCUUUCACUUUACUGUGUGACAAGUACAGCUUCUUUUUGAAAUACAGAUUCCUCUGGUUCAGUUAAUUUACUAAUCUAUUUUUCUUAGUAGUUGCUGUAAAAAGUGUCAAUGAAUUGAAAAAUUUAGAAAAUCUCUGGAAUUACUGUACAGUUGCCUGGACAUUUGAGUCAUAUUUUGAAAUAAUGGUUUACUGGAGUUUUGCGACAAAACACAUGCAAUUAAAAUAAGUGAUUGUGAGCUUAAAUAGGCUUUAUAUAAAGACAAUUGAUAAAUAUGCAUGAGUAAUACAGCUGAAAAUGUCUAUUUUGCUUGUACUAUUUUAAAAAGUCAAUAGUGUGUGAUAAUCCCGUUAAAAAUCAUAAAAAGUAAUUUUUGACUGGGAAAAGCAUAGUUUCUAGUGCCUGUAUCCAUAAUAAGGUUUUCAUACAUUUUGUACAUUUGGAAUUGCUGUAAGAUAGUUAUUGAAAAUAAGUUAUGCUAGCAGGUAUCUUCUCAGCUUUUUAAAUUUCCCAGCGAUUUCCAGCCCCUUGCUGAGGUACUAGUGAUAAAACCAAAAACUAGUGUUCCCUACCACCAGCACAAAGCUAGCAAUUUGACAAAUAUUGAAAAAAAUGCAUUGAUGUCGAUUGUCGAGGUAUGUGAGGGUUUGCUUGCUUUUUUUGAACAUAAAUGAUAUUCCUGUAUUGAGGGCUCAAGCUCAUUAUUUUAAAAAUGUUUUAAAAAGAAUUCUUUUCAAUGUUCAGUGAAAGCAACUGGGAUUUACAGUUCAUUGUUGGGGUAUCAAAGAAAAAGAAAACAGCCGAAAAAGGCUGAAAAGGAGUCCUUAUAUGAAAGUGAUAUCCUUAAAGGUGAAAAACUUCAUAGUAUGGAUUACAAGUUGUGCUAAGACUAUUACUUGAAUUCCACUUAUUUAUUCAUUUCAUGUUUUACAGAAAAAUGGUAAAUGUAUUCGGUUUUCAAGAUGUUUUUAAAUAAAUUAUUUUCUCUAGAAAGUAAUUUCCAGAACUAUUACAAUCUUUUUCAUAAUAUUUUUCUGUAUUUUAUGUGGCAGGUCCCGUUAGAGUGAAUGAAAUAUAAGCCAUAUUUCUUAAUUUGAAAAAUUAACAUUACCAUUAUAAAGAGUGUUAACUACAGCCAGUAUUAAGAUGUAUUUAAGAUUUGUUCUAUAGUUCUAUAUGAAACAGAACUUUUUCUCCUGUGCUUUGGGUGACAAAUUGUACAAAUACAGGCAAAUUUACAUAAAUGGAAUUUAGACUUUUUUUUACUGAUGGUGAAUGAAAACAGACCCGUAGGCUUUAACAUUCCAUAACAUAAUGUUCAAUUAAUGUUAUUUUUAUGAUUUAAUGCCAAUUCUUAAAUGUAACUAAGAAUACUCUGAGUCAGGGUUGUCAAACUCCAGCCCUGGGGAGCCAGAGCCCUGUGUAACUUAGUUCCUUCCCUGUUCCACCAUGAAUGAUUCAGCUCAAGACCUGUGUGGUAAUUAGAACAAGGAGUUCAAUCAGGUGUGUUAAAUGAGGGGAAACCCAAAAAUGUGCAGGGCUCUGGCCCCCCAGGACUGGAGUUGCGCACCCCUGCUCUAAGUGGUGUUUCUGGAGGUGGAGUUACUUUAGUGUGUAAUAGUGAAUAACACGCUUCUUUGCUAUUAUUUCAGAAAAGAUCUGCAGUUGUCCUUUACAGUGCAGUUACAUAUUGUACUACAUGCAUAAUGGCCCUGUAUUCUAUGAAAUGCUAACUUUAUUUCCAUCUUUUAUACUUUACCUGUACUGAAACAUAAGAUUCAUGUUUUGGCCCGUUCCACAUAAAGUGAAACUGUGUGAAAGUAUGCAUUAUGCUGAUUUUUUCCCCUAUUGUUCAAUUAAAACUGCGUUGUAUUGUAGAUCUACAUUUUACAGGGUAUGCCCAAUCCAGCAGCCUGCAUUAAACUGUGACUCAUCACAAGCAGCCAGUACAUAGACAUGAAAGAAUCAGUGUAUAUGCAACCAACCACCUUGUUCACUAUAAGCGUUUGGAAGAUGGAUGCAUGUAGCAUAAUACAUAUUCAGCUAAUAAACUUAUUUAGCUAGACUCCUGUUUUACCAGAAAGCAAACAACGAUCAUUUUUAUUUCUGUUUUAUCAUUUCUGUGCUAAAGAUAAUAUUUUGAUAUUGAUUUUGUUAUAUUUUUAUACUGUCUGUAUUUAUCUGUCAUGGUAGUUUAUACACUGUUAAAAAAUGGUAUCCUUCAUCUACCCAAAUGCAAAUAAAUUGAUAUAUGUA